AUGUCAUCCAGUGGUGACCCUCCGCCGGAAGACCAUUCUCGCGGCGGCGAGAGCAGAGAAUCCAGCUCGCGCCGAUCCUCCAAUAUCAUCGAAUUUGUCGAUAGCCAGAAUCCCAAUGUCAGAAGUGCCAUUCAGCGGCACACCGCAUAUCACUCUGCGGCACAGCGUCGAGAAGCGCGCUCGCGACUUCUCCGGCGAUCCAGCCAGACUCGCUACUUUGAAUGGACCAGACGUCCCAGAGGAGAUGCAGACGUCGCAACCUCCUCAGCGAGCAGUGCCAGUUCGGUGUCAAUUUCGCCGGCACCGUCAAUUCCCGGAAGACCGGAACAUCCCAGUCGGACCACCAGUGACGAACAAGAAACCGUGUCGUCGUCAGGUGGUGAAGCGGCCGCAGAUUCCGCUCUCGAACCACUACCAUCCACCUCUCAGAUAGCCGUCUCUGCUGACGACGCUGUUUUGGAAUUUUUCAAAGCCACAUUUUGCGAUCAUUAUCAAUCAACCGACGUGUUGGAAACAGCAUUCGCGUUUAUGCUUGAGAACGAAGCUUCUCGACACCUGCUCAUCGGUUACGCAUACGCCAUGCGGAGGUCUCGUGCAAUUGCCGAGGACGGUUCUCAAGACCAGUUGGAAGCGGAGAGAAAUGUCGGUCGAGGUACUAACAUUCUGUGGAACCGGCUGCAGAUGCCAUCCCACGCCAGUUCUGACGCCAAUGUCCAGGCUGUCCUUCUGCUCGUGGCGUACACAGCCGACUUCGGGGACGCCAGCGAGGUCCGUCUCCAUGCAGACGCAUUGAGGACGAUGAUCGAGCAGCGUGGCGGUGUCGACGUCUUCACCCAUAACCCUGCCUUGCAGCAUCAGAUAUGGGCGAUAGAAGUAUCUCGACGGUUCCACUUGACCUUGGAUUGCGAGUCGACCUGCCCGGACCCACUGCGGUUUGCGGACGGUCUUCGACUGCGAUCAGGAAGGGAGGAAAGUUAA